UUCCGCAUUCCUGCGCUCUACCAGGCGUUCGGCGGUACUUAAGCGGGCUGAUGCAACCGCUGUCCCAGUCCCCCAACCAGCAUCCAGAGCCGCCGUCGUCAGCCCCUCCGCACACACUACACGCCGGAAUUUGGACGCUUAACAGCGUCCAAACACAUUUGCACCAUUGCUAGAAGAGGAUUGCCAACUAUUUUCUGACGGCGGUGGAUGCCGUGUCGGACAUGAUGCCGGGACAGAUCCCUGACCCAUCGCUGGCGGCGGGCUCCCUGCCUGGCCUGGGCCCACUGGUGGGCAUCUCGGCCACCACGCUCACCGACCAGCUCAAACUGGCUGACUUCCAGCAGCUUGGCGCCAUGCUGUCCCCGCUGCACUUCCUGGGGAGGCUGGGGAAGAGACCGCUGGCCAUCAAGACAGAGAUGGAUGAGGAUGAGGAGAGGAGGAAACGAAGAAGAGAGAAAAACAAAGUGGCAGCUGCACGGUGCCGGAACAAAAAGAAGGAGAGGACCGACUUCCUUCAAAGGGAAUCGGAGCGUCUGGAAAUGGUGAACUCCGAGCUGAAGGCCCAGAUCGAGGAGCUCCGCUUGGAGAGGCAGCAGCUGAUGGUCAUGCUCAACCUCCACCGGCCCACCUGCAUCGUGAGGACAGACAGCGUCAAGACGCCGGAGAGCGAGGCCAACCCCUUGCUGGAGGAGCUGGCCACCGACUCCAAGUGAAAACCAGCAAAACAAAAAACGGGAGUCUAGAAACUCUGGAACCCAAACCAGCCAUUCGAAAAACAACAAACUUGGCAGUUACAUUUCUGAAAAAGCACUUGAGCUCCGAGCUGGAGACUUUCGGAGACUCUGCCCAAAGACCUGGGGUUGUAGGGAUCCUCAGUAUUAUUAUUAUUAUUAUUACUACUACUUCUACUACACGAGCUGGCUCUGUCCGUUGUAAGACUGGGGGAGGAGGGGGGGAACCCCAGUUUCAUCGCUACAUAAACUGUUGAUGUUUCGUUGACACCCACUGUGCCUCGUCGUUGCUGCGACCAUCUUGACGUAAAGGGACCGUUGGAAAAGGUAACACGCGACUGGAAAACGAUGUUGAGGAAGCAUGCUAGUAUCAAUAUGGUGCUGUUACAAAGGCCCUGACUAGGCUGUGUGGCAUUGUUUUGUAGAGGGCCACAAAGGCACCUGUUCGUAGUGUUUUCCUUUGUAUUACUAGUCGAAAUAUACAGGUGUAGUGGUUUUUGUUUUUUUUUUGUUAGGAUUCGAUACUCGACACAUGUACACCAGAGUUUUUGUAACGUUGAUUUUUAUACCCUGCCUCGACGAUGGCAAUUACCGGUUGAUCCGAUCUGUGGUGACGCUGGCGUCAUGAAAGCACAUAUACAGAAAAUGUUUACAAUCUUGUUGUUUGUUUGUUUGUUUGUUUUUGCCAUGUUGUCUGUCCAAUAUCGUACUGGUUUUUAUACUGCUUUAUACAUAAAAUAUAUAUAUGAAAUGCUUGUUCAUCACUUGAUGUGAUUUUGUUUUAACUUUCUUAAGUCUGUCUCCUCUUACUACUUUGUCGAUUUUGCGCUGUCAAAGAGCUGUGAAAAUAAGCAGAGGUCUUCUCAGCCUAGCAGUAUUUCUGUUUCCUGUUUUUGGACCUGCACCUACCAUGUACGACUUCGGUACCCUGCGUAGAUUAAAUUCUAUUUUCUAACUACGGCACUAGCAUGUCUUGAUUCACGCCACAUAAACAUGAUAUGCAACUCGAGGUGGUGGCAGAAGAAUAAGCUGUAACCUCUUUUUACCCACACAUUUGAUUUGUCCUGAUGGGAAAAAUGGCAGAGAUAGGGAGACAAAAGAAAAGCAGAUUCUGGUGGUAUUUUGUUGUUUUCCAAUGACAACAGCCAUUCUGAAGUAAUGUUUUUCUGCUGGAGCAUUUUUUUUUGUAGAUAGUCAACAGUUUUUUUUUUUGUCAUUAUAGCAUCCUAUUGUUCACUGUUGGUUUAGGGUUUUGUGCCUUGAAUGUCAUCAUUGUCGAAACGUAACACGCACAAAUACACAUACUUAUAAGCAUAGCUAAUAUUUGGACAGCUUGGUUAAACAAAUCAAUAAACAAACUC